AUGGCGACCGCUCUUCUUGAGCUCCUCGAUGCGGCUAGUCACAUUAAAUAUCAUGUUAUUGCUCUGCAAGAAACCAAAAGCCGGAGGACCGACGCACGACGAACGAACGAUGGAAUCCUCAUCACUCGUGGUGUCGGCGGCGUUGGUUUCAUCGAGCACCCAUCUGUCAUCCAUCUCAUCGAUUCUCACGAAGUCCUGUCUCCUCGCUUUGCCAUCCCACGCCUACGACAUACGCAUUUGAAGACCAUCCCUAUCGUCAACUGCUACUCUCCGCACUCUACAGCUGACGAAGUAGGGCUCAAUGCGUUUUACGACCAACUUGAGGAAAUCAUCCACAACGAAAGGUCCUUCUACAAAUCCGUUGUUGGAAAUUUCAACGCUAGGCUGGGCGAUGCACANAGAGUUGCGAUUGCGAGCAUGAAAAGGGGUACAACUCCAGGCUCCGACAAGAUCUCAGCCGGGCUACUUCGUGCAGGAGGCUACGAACUUCCUGCGCUUCUCGCAACACAUGACAUCCCAUCGCCAGAAGAAGAAGAUCCCAACCAGUGGAGGAACUCGCGGGUGGUCAUUCUUCACAAGAAGGGAGGCCGAGAUGAUUUUCGCAAUUGCCCCAAAAUAGGCUUGUUAAGUGUGCUUUACAAGCUGUUCACGAAGAUAAUUCUGACCUGCAUAUCGCGAACGCUGGAUGAAGCUCAACUUGUAGAGCAGGCCGGAUUCCGGAAGGGAUUCAGCUGCUUAGACCACAUCCAAGCGGUCGCAAUGAUCAUCGAAGUGAAUUCCAAGUGCCUCUUGUUCACACAUUUGUUGACUAUGAAAAGGCUUUUGACAGCGUCGAAACGAAUGCGUCCCUGUCAGCACUGGUCAAUCAAGGAGUGGACCCUCCCUACAUAA